AUGCUAGUACUUCAAUCACAAGCCACAUAUCCUCUCGAUGGUGCAAACGGCCAGCGCCGGCUACAGAGUGGGUCUGGGGACACUUCGAGACUACAGCCGUUGAUUGUCUAUAGGUUAUCAAGAGGACUAACAAGAGGCGGCUUGUCAACCGAGAGAUUUGCUAUAUGCAUAUUCCUAAAGGCAAAACACAACCAGCAACAUAAAAACCCACUUGGCAAACCAGCGAAGAAGGGACCAGACAUUCGGAGUUUUAUAGGUGGUAAACAGAGUCUCACCUAUCAAGAGGUCUUAGAAAGGAAUGCCAUUCGCUGGAUCAUGACUAAUAUGAAAGCCUUCACCACUAUCGAGUCUCCAGAGUUUCAGCAAAUGUUCCGAGACAUUCCUAGGAUUGAGCCUCCAUUCACUUCUUAG